AUGACCACCCAUCCCCAUAUGAACACAUAUGAGGCCAUUGAUUUUUUAAAAGAAGAGUUUGAUCUAGUACUACAUCCUAAAAUAGUUUACAGAGCUGUGAGGGAAGCCAAAGACAGGAUCAUGAGAAACGAGGUAGAACAGUAUGGGAAUCUUAGAGACUAUCUAAUGGAGAUACAUAAAAGCAAUCCAAGGUCUUCUGCGUUGUUGGACGUUAUUCCCCAGCCACAAGCACCCCCAACAUUCGACAAAAUGUAUAUAUGUUUCGAUGCCUGUAAGAGGAGAUUUAGGAGUGGAUGCAGGCCGUUGAUUCACUUGGAUGGAGCAUUCCUCAAGACCUAUCAUGGGGGCCAAUUGCUGUCUGCUGUGGCACAGGAUGCUAAUAACCAGUUUUAUGUCAUUGCAUUUGCUGUGGCAAGGUCUGAAUCGAAAGAGUCAUGGAAAUGGUUUUUGACCCUAUUACAAGAGGACAUUGGAGAUGUGCAACAACAUGGUUGGAAUUUUAUGUCCGACAUGCAAAAGGGACUGAUGCUUCCAUUGAAGGAGAUAAUACCGAAUGCACAUGUGCGCAAUUCUGUCAUGCACAUGUGGAAGAAUUUUAUCAACCGUUUAAAGGACAUAUAUCAGGAAAAUUGUGUGGGACUGUGCAAAAUGCACAACUGUGGCUGA